AUGAACACUCAUUUUGACCACAAAUGUGCGUUUUGUGACUACACAUCACGUACUGAAGGCCGACUAAAGAGACAUAUCAGAGACUUUCACUCAGAGAUACCUCCGGACAGUUGGGCCGGUAAUAGAGUGUUGAAAGAAAGUAGUGAACUCGACGGCGACGACAGCAUCGAUGGCACCGAUGCCAGCGUUAACGGGAGUGGAGGCAACUCUAAGUCGAGGAAAUAUAAGUGCAAACAAUGCGAGUUUGUGGCCACUUGUAAACAGGAGUUUUGGGGCCACUCCAAGGCACACAUCAAGUCUGAGAAACUGUUGUCGUGUACUAAAUGCUCUUUUGUCACCGAAUAUAAGCAUCACUUGGAAUACCAUUUGCGGAACCACUUCGGGUCGAAGCCAUUCAAGUGCGCCAAAUGUAACUAUAGUUGCGUUAAUAAGUCUAUGCUUAACAGUCACAUG